CAGAAAUUUCGAGGGUACCUUCGUCAUUAAACAAAGGUUGCUACCAAUUUGAAUACAGCUUCCAAGUCCAAAUGGUAUGGAAACCCUCGUUCCCUUCGAACUCCAGGCACAGCUCAGGAGUCGGGAGACUCAGGACAGGGACCAUUCGUAGAGGGUUCGUUGUCUCUCUCUCAGAAGAAGAAGAAGAAGAAGAAGUCCAGGAGCCAGAAUGGCCAAGCGUGAGCUCUCCAGCACCUUGAAAAAUUUGAAGUUCAUGCAAAGGGCAGCUCAGAAUGAGGACAAAAAAAACGAAGAAUUGGAAAUCAAACCAGACGGCAAUUUCGUCUCCUCUAAUACCCACAGGAAGUGGUAUCAGACAGUCUUUUCUGUUGUAAAUUUCAUGCGUCUACCUGAUCUUUCCUGCAGCAUAGUUAUAAUGGAAGGGAAUCCCCAUCCAGGAGCUAUAAAGGGUCGGAUGUCAUUUCAAAGUUUUAAUCCUUCUAUUGAUAAACUGAAUGAUGAAGCCGCAACUCCUUGUCAAUCACAAGCAUCAGCCACAAGUUCUGGAAAUCAAAUAAAUUCUGAUAGAGAGAAUGAAUCCUUACAGAUCAGAUCAGCGGGCUUGAGUGUAUCUAGACCUGGUAGUGAUUCUGACGGAGACCAUAAAAGGAAACAACCAGAGGUUGAUGAGGGAGCACAAUAUCCAAAUAAAUCUCAGAGAAAUGUUAGUGAUGGAGGCAAUCGAUGUUCAACACUGAGUAGUGGUAAAGGCUCUUAUAAGCAACCUAAGCAUGAGAAGCUGGACUGGAAUGUUUUAAGACCACCAAAGGCUCAGAAGAAAAGGGGUUGAACAUAUCAGGAAUCAGUAUCUGAAUCGGGUCAGCCGGAAUUGGCCGCUAGAAACCCAGUGUGGAUAGGCUGCUCCAGAACAGCAGGAGAGAAUCGGCUGCUCCGAUUCUGAUUUUUAAAACACUGGUUCUGGUGCAUUCAUAUGGAACUGUUAAACUGAUGAUCCUUGGUAAAUAUCCUAGGAGAGUUGGAAGACACAAUUAAGCUCUACUGGUUCGUGACUGGAUCUUCAUCUCUUGUGGGCCUUGAAGCAACACUUCCCUAUAAAGACUGGGAGACUCUUGUCAUCGGUUUUAGGACUGCGAGGACUUCAGAAGGUGUCUGGAAUGGUUUGUGGUCCACAUCCUCAGGGGUCAAGUUGGCAACACUGAUGAACACUGUUGAAACAAGGGUUUUAGAAUCAGUCAGAUUCCGCCUGAACCCUAGAAAAGUAGGUUGAAUUGGCCAUCCUGAAAUGGGAGGAACUGGGUUGGGCUUGGCCGAUUCUGGUGCGAAUCAGUCAAUCGCACCAGUUCAUACCAAGUGAAAUCAUGUUGUAAUAAGGAAGCACUUCACUUAGGGUAGCCAGUUUCACUUCAACGCCGCAACACAACGCCUUGCUAUUUGCAUUCAUCCUUCUCACUGAAGUGAGAAAAGUAGAAGUUGUUAGCUUUUUAUUCAA